AUGGUUGAGCUGGCCUCAUUAGGAGUUGGGCUGUGUGCUUAUUACUGUGUGCUGUAUAGUGAUACUGAUAACCCACUGAGCAACUUGCCUGUGGGUUAUUAUGGUGUGCAGUGGGAGGAGCCCCAGAGUAAAUGCUUUCUGGGCCAAAUUGACGACUGCUGCUCUGAAGGACAAGUCUUCCCCCUGGCCAGGCUAGUGUAUAGUGCAACGCCAGGCCUUGGUGUGUUAGCCUAGCUGCGCUGUGGAUCAGGCAGCACAGAUGGCUGCAUGGAGGAGGAAACUAGGCUGAGUUUACAUACCCUGGGAGUGGGGAAAACCAAAUAUGUUGUACUGUAUGUCUGGACAGAGAGACAUCAAUUAUUAUCUACAGAUGUUGUUCUAUUGCAUUACAGAUUGUACAGCUGUAGGUUUAUUGAUGCUACUCCAUCUUGAUUUGAAAGACAUGUUGGUGCAUAGAGAAUAAGUUGGCACAUUUCUAUGAGAUGAAUAUGGAACAGAUGACCAUGUUGCGUUCUGCUGCACUACCCAAGUUUACCACUAGAGACAUACAGGUAUUUUAUUCUACCUAUUCUGAUACAGAACGGAAAUACAAUGAGAACAGGAUUCCAGAUAGGGAGAAGAAGAGUAUGCAUGUGCUGAUGAUGUAUGCUGUGAUGGAGUGCUAAGCUUGCUGAGUAAACUUACCCUUAAUUAUACCCAUUGUUUCCUGAUGUUACUGAGCCUACAUUCACCCACAAGCAUUUGUGAGGUCGGGCACUGAUGUUGGGCGAUUAGGCCUGGCUCGCAGUCGGCGUUCUAAUUCAUCACAGAGGUGUUCAAUGGGGUUGAGGUCAGGCCUCUGUGCAGGCCAGUCAAGUUCUUCCACACCGAUCUCAACAAACCAUUUCUGUAUGGACCUCGCUUUGUGCACGGGGGCAUUGUCGAGACCCAUAGACAGCAAGGGCAGACAACUUCUCCCUCUCCGAUGGAGCCGGGCGGAUGUUCAAAUAGUACAACUCCAGUUGUACUAUUGUAGGAGGAAUCCCUGGCAGAGAGCAGCUGUCCCGUAGAAAUCCCAUGGUGGGGAUAUAUGGAUCCCUCUGGGUGCUGGAGUGUGGGGGGCUGAUUUGGUCGGCCAGCUGGUCCCGAAAGAUCGGGUCCUCUCCUCUCCAGGCGUUGGACGACCUGGAGAACCCGAUCCAUCGCUUCUUCCAAGCUGGCUAGCAUCGUCAAAUGCCCCCUGGACCCGUGCCACGACUCCAGGCAUGUGCUCCUCUCCUGUUGACUCCAUGGCGGGUGUGUGAUUCUGUGAUAGGUGAGUUGAAGGAGUCAGGCGCAGGAGGAUAAAUCACAGAAUAACAGGAUUUAUUCCGGAAAACAGAGUUACGCAGUAAUGUGUCAAAACAGUCCAGUGCGCAAUAUAGGCGCAAUGGAACCAACAAGGCACAUGGGGAAAAUAACCCGGCGAUACAAAAUACAAGGAGCUCCACCGAGCUUCACUAUCCUCACAAUAAACAAAACAAUAACACACAAAGACAAGGGUGCAGAGGGAACACUUAUACAGGUACUGAUGAGGGAAUAUGAACCAGGUGUGUGUAAUGAACAAGACAAAACCAAUGGAAUGAUGAAAUGAGGAGCGGCAGUGGCUAGAAGGCCGGUGACGUCGAACGCCCAAGCCUGCCCGAACAAGGAGAGGUGGCAGCUUCGGAGGGAGUCGUGACAGAUACAGGCGUCCUUCCUAACUCAGUUGCCGUAGAGGAAAGAAACCUCUCAGGGAUUUCACCAUGAGGCCAAUUGUGACUUUAAAACAGUUACAGAGUUUAAUGGCUGUGGUAGGAGAAAACUGAGGAUGGAUCAACCACAAUGUAGUUACUCCACAAUGCUAACUUAUUUGACAGCGUGAAAAGAAGGAAGCCUGUACAAUAUAAAAAUAUUUACAACAAGGCACUAAAGUAAUACUGCAAAAAUUGUGACAAAGCAAUUCACUUUAUGUUCUGAAUACAAAGUGUUAGUACUCUCCGUAUUUCCAAGCAUAGUGGUGGCUGCAUCAUGUUCUGGGUAUGCUUGUAAUCGUUAAGGACUGGGGAGUUUUUCAGGAUAAAUAAGAAACGGAAUGGAGCUAAGCACAGGAAGAAUCCUAGAGGAAAACCUGGUUCAGUCUGCUUUCCACCAGACACUGGGAUCACUAACACACUGGGAGAUUCAUUAAUCUUUCAGCAGGACAAUAACCUAAAACACAAGGCCAAAUCUGCACUGGAGUUUCUUACCAAGAAGACAAUGGAUGUUACUGAGUGGCCAAGUUACAGUUUGGACUUAAAUCUACUUGAAAAUCUAUGGCAAGACCGGAAAAUGGCAGAUCACUCAUUGGUUAGUCUGUCAGUGAGUGUUCAGAGGCAAAAAUUGGAGCUAUGUUAGAAUUAUAUUAACAAACACUUUGGGGAGGGCUUGUAGCUGUGCUUUUAUCAUUCUGACAUUUCUAGAUUUAGUCUUCAUUUUUUAAGGCUGCCAUGUGCAAAAAGUAUGUUUGUACUUGGCAGCGAGGCACAGAAAAUGAGAUUGUAGUGAUGAAUUGUUGUAGACUGUAUGUAAUGAGCGUAUUAUUCCUCUUGUGUUCUCAAAGAUGCAUUCUCUAACCAGCAAUAAACAAGCAAGACAUACCCAAUCAGUUCAACCAGUGUUGUGGCACGGCUUUCCGUUUUCUCUCAGGAGCUUGGGGAAGAUGAAGUAAGAUUAGUUUAAGGUGGCUGUGAUGGCCACUUCGCUGUGCUGUUUGAUUUUUCAUAUUUACAUACUCAUAUUCAGGAGAAGACAGAAUAAACACUUAGACUGGCAAAAGCUCACUUGACACAAAGAGGCACAUCCACUUGCACGCAUGCAUGCACAAACAUGAGCAUGUGCGCGCGCACACACACACACACAGACACACACACACACACACACACACACAAACAGACACACACACACACACAAACAGACACACACAAACAGACACACACACACACACACACACAAACAUACAGACUCACACACACACAAACAGACACACACAAACAGGCACACACACACACACAAACAGACACACACAUACACACUCACAGACACACACACACACACACAAACAGACACACACACACACACACAAACAGACACACACAUACACAUACACACUCACAGACUCACACACACAAACAGACACAAACAGACACACAAACAGACACACACACACACACAGACACACACACAAACAGACACACACACACACACAAACACUCAACCAGGUUGUUUGCACUCCCAACAUCAAGCACCCGACUAAUCUAGCUUGAUUGAUGGUGCAAUUGUGUGUGUGUUUUAAAAACCUAGAUUUUCUCUGGUGUGAUUUUUUUUGGUUACAUAACAGAUUCUACAUCCCAAAUGGCAGUCUAUUACCUAUAUAGUGCACCAGGGCCCAUACCCACUGGGCACAGAUGUCAAAACAACGUCUAUUCCACAUUGGUUCAACGCAAUUUCAUUGAAAUGAGUGUGUGCCCAGUGGGUAGGCUCUGGUGAAAAGAUGUGCAUUAUGUAGGGAAUAGGGUGCCAUUUUGUAUACAGACGCAGACAGAGAAUGUAUCCGUGAGAGUAGCCUACCAGAUUGAGAAAUAGUCUAUACAAAAUAGGUAUUGAUCAAAGGGGACUUUUUAAACACAUUGAGUUAAUUGUCUUUGAGUGUGUGUAUUUAUAAGUAUUAUUUUGGAAUGUAGGGAAGUUACUACAUUUUCUGUGUUUUCGUACAGUAGGUUCGUAUCACCAGUAGACUUUGCACGGCUGUUUCGGCACAGAUAACAAAUUCAAAACACGUAAUAUAUGUUGACAGAGAGAGCCUACAUCUAUGCAUUCUGGCUCUUACAGUAAUUUACAGUAAUGUGCAGCAAUCCUUGAAUAUCUAAGUCUUUGUCUAACUCAGUCAUUAAUAACAGCAUAAUAUUCAUAGUAUUCUGUGACAAAGUAGCGUCCUUUCCAGGGGGUGUACCAGUAGUACAUCACGCUGCCUCACGCUACAGGCUCCUGUUCUAUAGGCCGUUCUGGCUCUGCCUUUCUGCCUUUCUGGCUCGGCCUUUACUUAAUAUUCUAAGAGUUUCAUAUAAGAGUUUUGUCCAUUACUCAUGAAUCAGUGGAGGCUGGUGGGAGGAGCUUUAGGAGGACGGGCUCAUUGUAAUCGCUGGAAUUGAAUAAAUGGAACAGAGUCAAACGUGGUUUUCAUGUGUUUGAUACCAUUCCAAAUAUUCCAUUCCAGCCAUUACAAUGAGCCCAUGCUCCUAUAGCUUCUCCCACCAGCCUCCUCUGUCAUGUAUAGGAAGCAUUUGUUUCCCACUCUGGUGUUGUCUGCUCCAGGCAGGGUCACUACUUUGAAGCCAUGAGAUGUGAGGGUGUCAUGUAGCAAUGCUUCUAAACACAUUCGAGCCCAGUCUGGACGAGGAAGCCCACAGAACCUGCUGCUGCAAUAUCCACAGGAUGCUCAUUAACAUCAUGUGUCAGGUCUCUCUCUGGUCUCUGGUCUCUUUCUCCCUCUCUGUUUUCUCUCUCUUUCCCCUCUCUCUCUCUCUCUCUCUCUCUGUAUCUCUUUCUCUGUAUCUUUCUCUCUCUCAAUCACUUUCUCUCUCUCUCUCCCUCUCCCUCUCCCUCUCCCUCUCCCUCUCUCUCUCACCACAACAAGGAUGACUAGACACUAUACUGGCAGAUUGGAGACUGAGAGACAAAUUACCACAGCUCUGAUCUACGGGCAGUCUGACGAUUAGAUUGGAUCUUAUUCUAACAUUUCAUUGUUCUAUUUGAUACGUCAUUUUAAUAAUUUCAACUUCGAAGUCCCAGUGGGCAGUAAGGCUCCUGGAUGUUUAAAACCACAAGUAGGAGCGGCGGGCUGGCCUACAGUUGGCGUUGUAGUUGACAGAGUGUACUGAUGUGUAGAGUGUACAGAUGAGUCAUUGAUUGCACAUGCACUUUUUCUACCUGUAUUUAUAUGUCCUUGUCUAUGUUUAAUUAUGUGUUUCUAUGUAUGCACAGUGCCGCAACCAACAUUUCCCCACAGCCAUUAUCUUAUAUUUGACCUUGAAGUUGAGUGACAAUAAAGUUGGGUCAAAAGGUUCUGUAAAGUGAGUGGUUAAUGAGAAACACAGCUACUGCUUCCUCUGAGGGCAGAACUUCUAGGAGGUUGAGCCUCUGUCUUGCAUUAGAACUGAUAAGUAUUCUAUUAAACCCACAAGAGGAGCCUUAAUGUAAACAUAAACCUCCAUAUCUUUCCAUCCCUAAGUGUAUGUCCCAAAUGGCACCCUAUUCCAAGUUUCACAUUUUAUUGUCACGUGCACUAGUACAGUGAAAUGCCUUUCUUGCUUUCUUAUUCUCUCUAUAGUGCACUAUUCUAUAUAGUGCACUACUCAAAAGUAGUGCACUAAAUGGAAUAGGGUGCCAUUUGAGACACAACCCAAUGUUAUUUGAUUAAGGCAGGGCAGGGUCUCUCUAAGCUUUCCCCAAACAGACAGACAGACAGUCAGCAGCCAGUUGUUGGUUCCUCUCAGGCAGGCAGGCUGAUUGGAUUGAUGAUGAUGCUGGUGCUAAUGUGUGAUUGACUGUGUUAAUAAUGCUUGGCUCUCUUUGGGGGGUUCCUAAGCUCUGUGUUGAUGGAUCUGUAAAUCUGUCUGCCUGUUUGGAUUGCAACACUUCAGCGCACACCGUGCCACAGGGACCCUGGCGCAUAACCAACCUGUCACUCACACCUCAACAAUUGUUGUGUGUGUGUGCUUGUGCUUGUGCUUGUGUAUGUGUGCUUGUGUGGUUAUGUGUGCUUGUGUGGUUAUGUGUGUGUGUGUGUGUGUGUGUCUGAGUGAUUGCAUAUGUGGAGUGUGUGUGUGUUUACACAGGUCUGACUUGGUGGGUGGUAUCUGUUGGAGUGUGUGUGACUGUGAGACCAUGACUUAUGGCAGGAUGUUGUUGAUUAAAUAAGUGUUGUGCAGGAUAGUGCAUAAAUAGCUACAUUACAGUGUGGGAGCAGGGUUUUCUGGGUCUCGGUUCUGUCCUGAGGUAUUCUAACAUGUGCUGUGAGGGGCUGUUUCAACACCACUCUUUCCUUUUCAUUCACACCAGACUCUGGGGCUAGUACCCAGCUGGGCAUCUGGCAACGUGAUUCGGUCCAGAGAGGCAGUCUUUGAUUGGCACUAACGUGUGUGUGUCCAGCUAAAGAAAUGGCGUGCCCAUCAAGAGGAGGUUGCCAGAUUGGAGGCAGCCAUUGCCGGCAGGCAGCAGGAGGAAGAGGAGGACAGACUGAGGAGGGAGCAGGAGAGAGACUCGGCCAUGAGGUCACUGCAGAAGGAAAAAGUAAAGACCCCUUCCACCCAUCACGCUCCAGCAUACUGCACUGUCCCCAGUCAUACUAUGUUUGAAAUGAGUCUUUGCUCCUCAGAUUCUAUGACAGUAUAUAAUAACUUCUUAGUAUCCAAUGUAGGUAUGGCCCAAGUUAAUUUGAAUGAUUUAACUCCAUGGAUAUGUAAUAUAAUAAAUAUGUCAUUAUAAUGUUCUCAGAAGGAAAUUAACUAUCUGUUUGUUAAGGAAAAGUGUGGCAUGAUGAUUUUCAUUAGCUUGAUUAAUUGUAUAUUCAGCUGCAUGAGGUAUGAUGGUGUGUGUGUGUGUGUGUGUGUGUGCACCUGCUUGUGUGUGUGUGUCCAUGCGUGCAUGUAGAAGUGUGUGGUCCCUGACCCACAUGGCCCUUGGUAUCCCCCCAGGGUGUGUAUUGGUGCCGGUCUUGUUUGAUUGCACCCCUCCUGUAGGGCCUGCUUCAGUACCACAGGAAAGCUGGGAGAAUCUCUGAUUAAUGAUGCCGUUUAGGCUGAAAUUGAUUACAUAUACUUCUACACAGUCAUCUCUGACUAUGACAUAUCAUCUCAUUCAUUUGAUUUACUCUUAUCUGAUUUUGCACUGUCACGAUCAAUAGGACGUGAUGACAUGACAGUAAAGUUUCCCUCGUGUUGACUCGCUUGCUCCAGUAAUUUUUUUAAACCUUUUGGUUUGUUUUGUGAAUGUUUUUUCACUGUAUAUCUCAGGUGAAGCAGUACUAUGCAGAGAAACAGAGGAGGAGAGAGGAGCUGGAGAGGAGAGAUCAGCAGAGACUGACAGAGCUGAGGAGACUAAUGGCAGAGCAAGCUAAUAGAGAUAAGGAGAGGUAAGCAUGCACCAUUGGCAGCAGCUUAACCUUAAGGCCGCUAAAGGAGAGAGCUCAACACCUGGCUGACACACUUCUUUGUUUGCCCCUAUGGCUUAUUUGGACAAUGUUCAUAAAACACCUUUAUUUCUAAUGGUGCGUCAUUUAUGGAGUCAUUUAUGUUUUUCCAUGACAAAUUGAGGAAUUAGUUUGAAAUAUCUAAUUUUAGGAUCCACUGGUAUGAUUCGAUAAGUUGCCGUUUUCUCUUCUGUUUAGUGCAAUCUCCUAUUUAUCCAUGGUCCUCUCUAGCGUUCUAGCCUCCUUUCAAGUCCCUGGCAUUUAAACAGUGCUAGGAGAAAGAGAGCGAGACAGGGUUGAGUUAGUCAGGGCAGGGUGAGGAGGACUGAGGACAUGAGAUACUGUAGCUUCUGCUACAACUGAGGAGCAGCUCUCUGGCAGCCCAUAACGCUCUCCCAGCCUGUAGGGCCGCUGUGCCACCACAGACCGGUGGUGCCUGAGAUGAGGGCUGAUGUCCUUGCCCACUUCUCUCUCUCCCAUCUCUCUGUCCCUCCUGCCCUCAGGGUGCAGUUUCGCGAGGAGGCGCUGCUGCAGCGGAGGGAGGAGAGGGAGGCGCAGGCACUCCAGCGCCUAAAAGAGGAAGAGGAGAGAGGCAGUCGUCUAGAGGCCCUGAGAAAUCAGGUACGUCUCUUAUCAGCACUUAUUCCCAUUGGCUUCCCUAAUUGUAUCUGCCAUUUAAAAUGCCACACCGGGGGACAUUUGUGGGCGCUUUUGACCCCGCUGAUCCAUGUUGGUUUUGAGGCUUCACUGCCACUUACUGGUGGGAUAGGGAAAUACAAGGAAACUACUAGGCUAUCAAAUUAAUUGGGUUUUCCCCAUCCCCCACACGGUCAAGGUGGCAGUGGUGGCAGAGCCAGACCCAGAGAGGAUGAUGGGAGAUACGGAGGCCUGGAGAGGCCGGCUGGCGCAGCAGAGCAGAGAGGAGGAGUUUCGGUUGCACCGUCCCCUAUAUCACCUCAACACGUACACAGACUCUCAGGUGAGUCUGACCUGCCACUGUUCUUUAUUUUCUGCUCCCAACUCAACACAAGUCAAUCUGCCUUUUCCCACUCAUUAUUUCCCUUAAGUGUUUGGUUUGAUGAGACUUGUGCCCUCUCCAAUAGUUCCCAAGGUUGUUAACAUGUGUCAGUCAGAGGAGGCUGGUGGGAGGAGUAAUAGGAGGACCGGCUCAUUGUGGCUGGAAUAGAAUGAAUGGAACGGGGUCAAACAUGUGGUUUAUGUUUGAUGCCGUUCCAUUAAUUCCAUUCCAGCCAUUACAAUGUGCCCGUCCUCUUAUAGCUCCUCCCACCAGCCUCCUCUUGUGUCAAUGUAAUAUUUUGUGUUUACUGCCUCACUCACUGACAUAAAAAAAACAGAAAACAUUCACAAUAAUGUUUGACCUGGGUAAACAAACCUUACCCUCAUGCAGACAGACCUUUAAAUGGCCUCCCCUCAAGGCCUGUGGGUGAAUUAACAUACAGUACAUCUGUCUGGUACAUUGUGUCACGACUCCACUGUGCAGGAAAGCACACUGGCUUUACCUGCAGUCUAUUGCAUAAUCAGGUCAGGUGACGGUUAGUUAGAUCAUCUCCUCCAAUUGAAAACGUGAUCAAUGACUAACUGACCUUGGUUUAAUGUUAGGAAAAACACGAAAACAUGUUUGAUUUAGAAUUGCAAAAUAUCAUAAAAAUGAAUGAACAAGGGUGUGACAGAAUCGUCCUUAUCAUCUGUUUUUAUGCCUUUUGGACCUUACAAUGUGUCCGUUCCAAAUGGCACCGUAUUCCCAAUAUAGUGUACUUCUUUUGACCAGAUCCCUAUGUCCAUUUCCUCUGUUGGUUUCCAGAUUGUGUCUGAUCCAAGAGUGAGGAUUGAACAGGCCCUCCGGGCAGCAGGACUCCACAACACACUGUAUGCUAAGGAGGUUCUCUCUGUAGUCCAGCCACCCAGACCACCUCGACGGGACACUGACUCCAUCGGAUUCAAGUCUUCUACAAAGAGUGUUUAG